AUGGGGCAAAAUAAUUGUACUCCUAACAUCCCUGGAUUGGAAAACUGCUAUGCGAGAUAUGAGUAAACAGAUGAAAAUAAAUAUCCUUAUUUAAUAGCCAAUAAACAUAGAUUAGCAGAAUCACAAAAUUCACAGAUUUUAGAAUUAUAUCAAAAACAACAAGAUCAACUUAGAUCAUAUUUGUAGAAUUCUCGUUAGCUCUCCUAAUCAACUAGACGUAAUUAUGAAUUUGAAGGACGUUUUCUUAAACUUCCAUCACAUCUCAUCUGCCACGUUAUGUAUUUUGUCAUCGACGACUAUCUCAACUUAUUACUUGUUAAUACUUUGUGGUACACGAGAUUAAACGAAGCAUUUUCAAAGACGGUUAGCAUAGUUGAUGAGAAAUUUUAAUAAUCGCAUUCCUUUUUAAAAUUAAAGUAGUCCAAAAAUGCAUUUCAGACUUUUCAAUUUGGAAGACAAUAAGGGUUCAGAUUGGAUAGAUGUUUAAUUGCAGAAGUCACGCCUGGAGUUGAAAGUAGCAUUUAAUAUUUAUUAGAGAUUCAAUUGUCAAAAUAUCAUAUACCUACCUCUGUAAAGGAUAAGAAAAGGCUGUUUGCUAUAAAUUUGCAAUUCUGAGGAGGAACACAAUAAGAACAAUUUGGGUUGGAGUUGAUUAAAGCACUGUAAUCAUCUAUGUAUAUUGUAUAGAAUAUUUAUGAUAAACAAACUGUUCCUGUGAUCUAACCUGUAUUGCCUUUUUGUGUUGGAGACUACAUCAAAAUUUCAUUCACUUUAUUGAAUCUCCAAGGAUAAGUAAAUCUGUAAAGUAUUAAAUGGAAUAGGCCUUAGGUUGAAAAACUUGAUGUUGGUAUUUUCGGAAGUAUUUCUUAUAAUUUAUUAGAUCUCAAACAUAUUACCAUAUAACCACCUCCUAGGUUCGAACCCUAAAAUGCCGAUUGGACUCUGUUUUAAUACUUUAAUCAUCCAAUGAAGAAAUGCUUUGAUAAUUUCAAGCAAAUCAAAUUAAAAGAGUGUAGAUGUUGCGGUAAUGGGUUAGUUAUUAAUCGCAUGAAUUACAGUUGUGUUUCAGAGGGAUAACUGAUGAUUCCCUAAUUGAAUUUGAAAAUGGUUGUCAAGUAGGGUUGCAUUACUAAUCAAAUAAAUCGAGCAACUGUUAGUUAUGAAUUGGAUAAUACUUUAGAAUUAAGAAUUGGAGAUUAAUUAACACUAUACUAUUUGAGAGGAGGAGACUCUUGA